AUGCUCUGGGCUUCACUCCUCGCCCUUGCGGCGGUCGUCCAAGCACUGCCUUCGGGAGAGCUCGAGCAACGACAGGGUGGUGUCACCAUGUUGCGAUUUGGAUGCGCCCAAGUCGUCAUUGACCGACUGGAUCCUCUCGUGAACCCUGGUUCCAUUCCUUCACCUCAUGUGCACCAGAUUGUCGGCGGUAACGGUUUCAACGCCUCUAUGACGACAGGCGAUGUUUCGAACACCGCAAGUUGCACUACUUGUGCAUUCUCAGAGGAUUUCUCCAACUACUGGACGGCGAACCUAUACUUCAAGGCCCGCAAUGGCACUUACAAGCGUGUUCCACAACUGGGUGCAGCACGGCAAUUCAACGAUGACUACAGCACAAAGAUCGGAGGCGGUAUCCUUGUCUACUACGUCUCGGCCCAACCAGGCAAGAUUACCGCAUUCAAGCCAGGAUUCCGCAUGUUGGUCGGUGACCCUACUUCGCGAUCGAGAAAGGACUCUACGUUGAAGCGACAAAACUGCUUCCGAUGCUACACCGGCCCCAACUUUGGCGGUGACGUUUCUGCUCCAUGCCAGGACGCGAAGAUUGACACUGAAGCUCUACCGACUGGCCCUUGCAAGGGCGGAAUUCGCUCCAACAUUCUGUUCCCAACCUGCUGGGAUGGCAAGAACCUCGACAGUCCUAACCACCAGGACCACAUUGCCUAUCCGACCACAGGGCCAGCAACGUUCCUCAGUCUCGGUGGCAGCUGCCCAUCGACGCACCCCGUGCGCAUCCCUCAGCUCAUGUACGAGGUUGUCUGGGACACGACUGCGUUCAACAACAAGGCUGAGUGGCCGGCGGAUGGCUCGCAGCCCUUCUACUUCAGCUACGGUGACAACACUGGCUACGGCCAACACGCCGACUACGUCUUCGGCUGGAAGGGUGACUCCCUCCAGAAGGCCAUGGACACCUCGAACUGCAUGGGUGCAAAGUGCGGAACCCUCAAGACCCAGGCCAUCGAUGCCGGCAAGAAGUGCUCUGUGAACCGCGUCGUUCAGGAGGACCACGACGGAUGGAUCAAGGAGCUGCCGGGUAUCAACAUGGGCAACAUGGGUAACAUGCAACAGGCCUAG